AUGGAAUUGUCUUGUUUUAAUUUUGAAGAAGAUUCAGUAUCAGAUUUUCAAUUCUGGGUCAAUGUGGAUUCUACUGAUCAACUCUCGUCUCAGCCAGAUCAUUUUCUACUUGACCGUUCUACUCCAACAGGUGAAGGGUCUUCUUGGCCACCUUUCUCUUGUCAGUCAUUGUUUCCUGAUGUGCAAAUACCACUCCCAGACCCAGGUGGGCAGAUUCGGCAGUUUGAGGGUGGUGCUGAAUUGGACAGCUCCUUGUUGGUUCAAUCUGAUGAUAGUGACCUGCAGUUUAAAUAUCACCGAUUCAUUCCUGCUCACCCUUACAAGACACAGAGACACGCUGCCAACAUUAGGGAAAGAAAAAGGAUGCUCAGCAUCAACUCUGCUUUUGAUGAACUUAGAGGCCAUGUCCCAACCUUCCCUUAUGAAAAGCGUCUCUCCAAAAUUGACACUCUCAGACUGGCCAUAGCAUACAUCGCAUUGCUUAGUGAUAUCCUGACUUCAGGAUCUGACCCCAAAUCCUAUGUGCAGAAAUGUAUGAAAAACGGAUAUAAAGGCCAUCAGAAUGCAAUCUGGAACACAAGUG